GAUUGAAAGAAAUACUAUGAUAUAUUUUUCUCCGUUGGAAUGCAAAAUUUUUUAUCACUAUGCACAAUCUUAGCAGCUUUUUCUUAACAGAUAUAAUUAUUUUCCACACCUUAUCUUUAUACUCAGUUAAUAUCGCUUCACACAUUCACAAUAUAUGGCUAUAUAUACUAAGCCUGCAGAGCAUACCUUUAUGUCUCUAAGGUAUGUAUGUAUUUGUAUUUCGCAUAACCUCUUUCUCUCUCGUGAGCAUCUCAGCCAAUAAGGUAUUGCGGUGACUUGCGGGCAACUAAGAAGGAUGGGGAGAGGACACGUUGCACACGGGACGACAGGACAAAGUGAGUGACAAACGAACAACUACCGAUAUUUUUGCGUGGUCAAAGUCACUGAAAGAAAAGUCACCGUACAGCACGAUUUUAGCUGCGAAGAAGAAAGAAAUAAUAGUAGUCUCGACAUCAUGAACAGUGCAGUAUAUCGAUCGUGUUGCGUGUUUAAUUUUCGAGUAUUCGUUAACUCGUUAAUUACUUAAUUGGAUUUCGUUGGAAAGUAUACUGUGGAUACGUUUUAUCAGGAAACAAUAUCCGUUCGCAAAAUUAUUACAUCUUUGUCCAUCACAGAAUAAUUGUCUCGAAGUUAUAUAUGUAUACCUAUAAAGUCUCAAGCAAUCGCAUAAAACAUGAAAUUCGCAUGUGUAAAAUAUUUAAAAUCGUGUUCGCGUCACAAUAUUACGGAAAUCAUCGAGACAGCUUCAUUCAAAAAUUUCAACGGACAGGUUAAAAAAAAAAAAGUACAAAGUGAUUUGUGACAGAAAUGAAGGAGGAAUAUGUACUGCAAGAAUUCACUUUGUUGAAGAUACGCUGCCUAAAGCUAAAGAGCGAAUGUCGAAAGAGAAAUUAAAAAAUAUUCCUAAACAUCUUAUGGAAGAUACGACGGAUAUCGAAAGCGAUAAAAAUGCUCGCCAGUUAUCAAAUAAAACAAGGGAGAAAGACGACAUUGAUGAAAAGGAACGCCAAGAAAAUGUGAGAAGAAUCUUGCAGAAAAAAGUAUCUCCAGUCGGAGCUACAGUACUAACUGAAAAUCUUAUUAACCGCAAGAAUCCAUCUGUUGAGCUUAUACGACACGAACCGUUACUGAAAAAGAGGAAAAUAGUCGACGAUGAGAAUAAAGACGCUAAUAAGAAG